AUGAAGACUGCUCACUUCAAGAUCUACGAGCACACAGUGCCAACGUGCCAUAUCAGGGAGUAUGCACGAGCGACCGCGGAGGAUCAAGAAGAUGAGCUACAUCUGGCAGUCAAGCAGUACACACCACUAGAAAGUGGCAACAAGAAGCAGCGUAGCGUGACUAUCAUUGGCGCUCAUGCCAAUGGAUUCCCGAAGGAACUCUACGAGCCUCUCUGGGACGAUCUCUUCGAACGAUUAAAAGACAAGAAUGUGUACGUCCGCAAUAUCUUCAUCGCAGACGUGUCACAUCAGGGGCAAUCAGGUAUUCUGAACGAACACAAACUAGGCAACGAUCCUUCAUGGAUGGACCACCCCCGAGAUCUUCUGAUGAUGGUGAACUACUUCAAGCGGGAUAUGAAGCGACCUAUCAUCGGCAUCGGACAUAGCAUGGUCCAAAGGCUGCCUUCGGUGCAAGGCAACUUUGGACCUGCCAGAGCUUCAACUGUCCGGAGAGAUCGUUGGCCAAGCAGAAAGGAUGCCAUAGCUGGUUUCAACCGGUCGAAGUUCUACAAGACAUGGGAUCCGCGAGUUCUCGAGAAAUGGAUUGAUCAUGGUCUACGCGAGCUUCCCACCCCACUGUACCCAGAAGUCAACACAGCGAAAACCACAUUACCGACAGUAUCUGCAGACCCCAGCACAGCUUCGAUACAGCCUGACAAGGAUACCGAGCGAGAGCUCACGUUGAAGACAACGAAGCAUCAGGAAGUUUUCACGUUUCUGCGGCCAAACUUUCCCACUGCUGCGUAUUCUUCGCCUUCGACAGAACCUAACUCCGUCACACAUCCAGAUGUGGACCUCGCGUUGGGCCCAGUGGCACCAUUCUAUCGGCCAGAACCCCUCGCAACAUUUAAGAGAUUACCCCAUGUCCGACCAAGCGUCUUCUACGUCUUCGGCGACCAGUCAGAUCUCUCAGCACCAGUUUUGAAAGCCGACAAGCUCGCACAAACGGGCAUUGGAGUCGGCGGGUCAGGUGGCUUGAAGAAGGGCAGAGUGGCCGAGAUCACUUUCAAAGGUGUUGGUCAUCUUAUACCUAUGGAAGUUGUGGACAAGACUGCGAAUGCUGUGGCAGGGUGGAUAGUACCGGAGCUCAACCGAUGGCAGGAGCUGGAGGACGCUGAGAGGGCAGAGUGGAGUGAGGUGCCGAAGCACAUGAGGAGUCAGUUUAGCGAGGAGUUUAAGAGGACUAUGACCGGAGACUGGGUCAAGGAGGUGAAGGAACAAGCGACAAAGAAGCCAUCGAAGCUGUAG